AAAAAGGAAUAUUGUAGUAAUAUGACAACAACUUAUGAUUUGUGUUAUAAUAUUUUACCAAAAAGUUUUAAAGGACCAAAAAUUAGAUCUUACAAUGCAAGGUAUAUAUCAUUUUGUGUUAGUUAUAAGUAUCUCAGUUAAUUAUAAUUAUCUCAGUGCUUUAAUGUUAUAUUCAUGUUCUAUAAAAUUUAUAUUUUGUACUUGGAGACAGAGGAAAUGGGUCCCUGAACAGGAUCUGAUGAAAAGUUUUGGUACAUUAACUCAAUUUGGCUUAAGAGAAGCAUUAAAAGACGAAUUGUACAAGAAUUCACAAGAAGGAAUAGCCAAAUGUCAAUGGUGGUCUACUUAUAGGGAAGAAAUUGGGGAGUUAAAGCUAUUAAAUAUUGAACAAGAUACUCAAUUUCACAGACGAAAAGUGAAUUUUAAUGUGCCAGAUCUUAGACAUUUCGAGCGUAAAUUAUCAGGUUCUGAACAGUGUUUACACCCAUUGAAAGUUAAAAAUUCAGUGUCACAUGCAAAUUGAGAAUAUGAUAAUAUAAAAUAUAUUUGUCCAUUAA